AUGAACGAAGACGGUAUAGAAAGUAGACCAAUAAGAAAGAAAGUAGCGGCACAGAGAAGUAGAGGCACUUUCAAAACAUCAGGAAAUAAUAUUUUCAAAGCUAAGGGCAUUGUAGAUGAUAUGCAAGGUUUCCAGAAAGAUCUGAUGUUGAAUUUGUUAGCAAACCGCAGAGCAAGGAACAGGGAUUUGGCCUCUGGGAGUUCUAGUUCCAGUCUGGAGAUGCAACAUUGGAAGGACGAGUGGAGAAAUAUUUGGAUACAGAAGAAACUAGAAGCGGUCAACGCGUCUCCACCCGCAGGCGAUACGGUCAACAUGGUCGCAGCUCGACCAUGGGGCGUACCCUGCGGUGAUCCAAACCAACACGAUAUGCCAUGGGGAACUUGCAUGUUACCGAUGGAAUGCGAAGGAGAGUUUCGUAUAUACAGAGGAGAUUACUUCUGCGGUCGGACGAAAUUCGUUUGCUGCGGUCUACAGUUAACAAGUUAUGACAUGUAUCAGGCCUUCGAUAACUCUUUUGAUGAAUCUAGUUUCGGAACAGAUUCAGAAGAAAAGAAACAACGACAAGAGGACUCUAAAGAAAGAAAACGCAAGAAAAGAAAGCAAGAUAAAAAAAAACGUAAAAAUGACCGACUCAAAAGAAAACGUAGAAUCAAAAAGAGUAUAGAGAAAAUAGUAAGAGAGAUAAGAAAAAUAUUGAACAGAAUGUACAAGAACGGGACAUUGAUUAGAAAGAAGCAGACAAAGAAUCUGAAGAAUUAUAUCAAGGAGUUGAAGAAGAAGUACAGAGAAGACCGACAGUCUGUGAAGGAACUUCACGAGAUGGACAUGAUAAAAAUUGAUGCAGCGCUUAUGAAGAAAUUGAAUGAAAUACGCCUAAUGAACAGGAACUUUAUAAACAAUAGUACGUUCAGAGAAAUAGUUGUAAAUGGCACAAUGAAUAAGAAACAGGCCAGAAUGUUGAUGGAGGCGUACCCUGAGUUAGAAAAUUGGUUUGGAACUCGGCGCUCUGGGGACUUGGAUCCGUCUAGGGACUAUUUAGAUUAUGAUAUUGAGUAUGGAUAUUUAUACUAUUGA